CGACCGCGAGAGGGCCAGCGGGAACAAGCUCUGGAGCGCCUACAUCUCUGAGGCGCAGAGCUACGAUCGGGGCCUCAUUGAUGGCUGGCGCAGUGAGAUGGAUGGCCUGCUCAUCUUCGCCGGUCUCUUCUCCGGCGUCGUCACGACAUUCAUCAUCGAAAGCUACAAGACGUUGAGCCCCGACCCGGGCAGCCAGACCCUCGCGCUGCUCAGCCAGAUCUCGCACCAGCUCGCGAACCUGAACAACGGCACCGCGGUGGCAGACGCACUCCCUCCCGCCGCUGCCUUCUCGCCCCCGAUCUCCGCCCUCGUGUGCAACGCGCUGUGGUUCACCAGCCUCGCGCUCGG